GAUGUGCGUCUUCUAGGUUCAGGCGACGCUGCCAGUGUGACGAAUAAUCCGGGUGGACGGGACGCUCCAACAACAACAGCUAGUCAGACACCUCGGUAGCUUUCUAGCAAACAUAGCUACAACAUUCAAGCUCUUUACACUGUUUUGGUGUAUAUUAGUCGCUGUGUAUUCAACACACUUCUGUCGUAUGUACUUGUUGGCCCAUUUAAUUAUAUAUUUACGUUGUUUGUCAGCUAACUGGUUUGCUAAAUUAGUUUAGGACUAGGCUAGUCGCUAAUGCUAACUAGCUAACAUCUCCGAACAUGAGUUCACUAAACUACUCUCCUCCUGAUAAAGAAGAGGUCUGCUGGGCGGAGAAAGAAGGUCUUGUGAAAGAGGAGGACGAAGAGAAGGAUGUUACAAUACAAACACAAGCUGUUACUGUGAAAGAAGAAGAGAAAGACGUUUCAGUGAAAGAAGAGGAAGACGCGUUCAGAGUGAAAGAGGAGGAUGAUGUUACAGUAAAAGAAGAGGAGGAGGAGGAGAUGACUGUCACAUUGGAGGAAGGAGAGGAGGUUGGAGAUCUAGUUAACACCAGAGAGAGACAAGACUAUCGUGGAUCCUCUGUGGAGCCUCAACAACACCAUGAUGCUGAUGAGGCAGAGAAAAGUCUCUCCAGAUCAGAACUCCUCAAGAAACACCAGCGAGUACACACAGGAGAGAAAUCUUACUGCUGCUCUGACUGUGGGAAAAGAUUCAACUCUUCAGUAAAACUUAAAAUACAUCAAAGAAUCCACACUGAAGAAAAACCUUUUGGCUGUACUCAAUGUGGGAAGAGUUUUGUUAGUUCUAGUAAACUGAAGAGACACCAGAGAACACACACAGGAGAGAAACCUUAUAGCUGUGAUCAAUGUGGGAAGAAAUUUACUACAUUUAGCUAUCUAACUAUACACCAGAGAACACACACAGGAGAGAAAUCUUAUACCUGUAAUCAAUGUGUAAGUAGUUUUACUCAGCUAAACAGCCUAAUAGCACACCAGCGGACACACACAGGAGAGAAACGUUAUAGCUGUGAUCAGUGUGGGAAAAGUUUUACUAAAUCUAGCUAUCUACCGAUACACCAGAGAACACACACCGGAGAGAAACCUUAUAUCUGUGCUCAAUGUGGGAAAAGAUUUGCCAGAUCAAGCUAUCUAACUAUACACCAGAGAACACACACAGUAGAGAAAUAUUUUGGCUGUGAUCAAUGUGAGAAGAGAUUUACCAGAUUUAGCUAUCUAACUAUACACCAGAGAACACACACAGGAGAUAAACCAUAUAGCUGUGAUCAAUGUGGGAAGAGUUUCGGUACAUCUGGCUGUCUGACAGAACACCAGAGAACACACACAGGACAGAGUCUUUAUAGCUGUAAUCAAUGUGAGAAGAAAAAUCUGUGACCAGAGAUAAUCUGGUAAAAGAUCUCUGAUUAAACAUCAGAAAAUACAUGUUGUUUCAUAAUAUAAAUGAAAUAAUGUUAAUAUUGUGGAAGUAUUUUAGUAACGUCAAAAUGUAGAAUGUUUUAACAUUGUAGUUGCAGUAUUUUAAUGAUGUCACAAUGUAGAACCCUAAACGUUUGCUCUGAAUUGAAAGAGUACUGUUUAUGAGAUUUAACAAAAUGUGACUAACAAAAAUAGAGUUGUGUUACACUUACCACGUUGAUGACCUUCUUGAAUCAAAAUGCAACACUUCAAAAUGUUUAGGUUUUCAAUAUGUCCCAAACUGUUUCUACAUAUUGGUUAUUGAUUUGGACACGUUAACUGUGUUUUGACACUGCGCUAUUCCCACUUAGCAAAAUGUAAUUCAGAAGACGUUGAAAAGACUAUGCCCGACGUCCAAUAUAUGUUUGGUUAUAGUUGAAAGUGAAAGUUAAAAAGAUGUAUUUUCGGGUCUUUUUUAAAAAAUUACUUGAAAACAACAACGUACUUGCAGCCUAUACACAUGGACGCAGUGUAAUGAAUUGGUCUAUAAUCAAUUUUUAUUAACAAUUACUUACAUCCCUCCAGUAUUUAUUGACAACAUUCAAGUGCUAAUUGUCUUUAUUCCACAACUGAAGAAACAUGAUACAAAUCACCUCAUAUUUCAAACAUCCAAAGAUACAUGUUUUAUUAUUCCAUGUCUCACCAUUAAGUUCAUUAUUGCCCACACAUAUUAUCAAAGGGGUGUACAUUUGCUUUUGAUAUUUCAUGUCUACAAUUCAUGUUACAUUUAAUAAUCAUAAUUAUUUAUGCAACCGACUGACAAUUUUUGGGUACUAUUAUAUUGAAAUUGUUAUCCUGCUUUUAGAAUAUCAGGGAUCAUUCUCAUUUGUACCAACCCAGAUGUUACAGAGCAUGACAUUGGGGACUGGGCCCCGAUCCAACAACAUGCCUAUCGGGAUAUUGCAGGAGUUUGCUCUUGAAAUCAGACACGACAAAUACAAUUUGAUUUGAGUUUCAUUUGGGCUCGUUCCAAGGGGAUGAGAGUUCUAGAAGCUAGUGGGUUUUAGGAGGACGAGAGUUCUAGAAGCUAGUGAGUUUUAGCAGGACGAGAGUUCUAGAAGCUAGCGAGUUCUAGGAUUCUAUAGAAAGUAAAAGGAGAAAAAAAUGAUAUGAUUGUAAGUAUUUUUUUCAUUUAUGUUUUGUGGUUGGACUUCAGCACGUCAAGCUCGUUAGCACGUAGGAUGCACUAAUUGGUGUCACCUCGUUAGUCAGUAUGUGUUACACCUGUACUGGCUUGUCCAUCUGGUUAGUGGGAAGGUGUUUCACCUGAGCUUGUCCAGGUUCUAUUUAAGAGUGCCUGGCCCAGUGCUCCAGUUGUCUUGAUAGAUGUGGAGAGUCAACACCUUUUUGGUUAGCUUCCUGUCUUUAAGUUUGGUGUGGGUUUUUCUUUUGUUUGCCUCUUGGGCAGAUUUACUGGGUCUCAUGGUGGGUGUCUUUUAGGUCCCAGUUCUUACUGGUCAACUUUCAGUGGACACCCCUAUAGUGUCUUUCAGAACCCCUCCUAAAAAACAAGCUUAUAUUUUGGGUUGGAUAUUGCAUCCAAUUAAUAUUUUAAUCAAUGGAAUUUCCUUAUGCUCAUUAGUCUUUCAGUUGCUAGUUCUGUUUUUUAUCUUAUGUUUGUUGUUGUUAAUAUUUCAGUUGAUUUUAAUUGGGUUUUUUCCUGUGAAAUCAUUGUGUUGCAUCCAAGUCUGAAAUGUGCUGUAUAAAUAAAGCUUAAUUUGAUUUGAACAAAUUGUAAAACAAAUUAACCCAAUGACUGACCAAUCAAGACUCUUGCCAAACAAAUAUGUGUAAAAGU